AGAAACCUUAAUGUCUCGGACAGUAUUUUUUGUAUUCUGCUGAAAAAGUUUGAUCACGACUGCAACAUAACAGUUUAUUAUUAAUAAUUACAAUUUUUUAUAAUGGUGAUUUACGGAGUGUACAUAGUUUCCAAGUCUGGGGGGCUUAUAUUCAAUCAUGAUCACAAUGUUCCAAAAAUUGAAGUGGAAAAGCCGUUUAACUAUCCACUUGACAUAAAGCUAGCCUAUGAGAAUAAGAAAAUAGUCGUAGCAUUCGAUCAAAGAGACGGCAUACAUGUUGGCCAUGUUUUGACAGCUGUCAAUGGACAACCUGUAACUGGUAAAGAAUUGGAUGAUGGCAGAGAUGUGCUAGAAAUGUUAAAAAAACAAGAGAACUAUCCCAUUACGUUGAAGUUUAGUAGAGCAAAAAUGACUACUAAUGAAAAGAUUUUCUUAGCAUCAAUGUUUUAUCCAUUAUUCGCUAUUGCUAGUCAACUUAGUCCAGAGCCACGAUGUUCAGGUAUUGAAGUAUUAGAAACAGAUACAUUCCGAUUAUAUUGUUAUCAAACGUUAACAGGUGUUAAGUUUAUGGUUGUUGCUGAACCAUCUCAAACAGGCAUGGAAAUAUUAACUAAAAAAGUUUACGAACUCUAUGCAGAUUACGCAUUAAAAAAUCCAUUUUAUUCACUGGAAAUGCCUAUACGUUGUGAAUUAUUUGAAAACAAUUUACAAAGUCUUUUAGAUACGGUUGAAAAAUCAGGAAUAAGCAAUGUUUAAUUAAUGAAAAGAAAAUGAUUGUUUGUAAAUAAGGAAAAUGCAAUAACAAUAUAUUUUAUUCUUUAAGUUAUUAUGUACAUAGCUAAAAAAUAUUAUUUGUGCAUUAGA